AUGUCUGCACCACGAAAGAAAUUGUCUGGUGCUGCUUUCCGAAAGAAAAGAAGGCUGCAAGAAGAAGACACUUCUAAGAUGGCUGGAUCAUUAAAUAGGUUCUUUAAACCUGAUCCAGUAUUAAAAUCUGUAAGCGAGACUAAAGAGAAUCGUGAAGCUGUAGAUGUCGAACCACACCCUUCUACUUCAACUACUACUGUGGGCGAACAUUCUUUGGGCAUAGAAAGUGAUACAAACACCGAGGAAGAGAGUUCACAGAAAUCAUCAUCAUCAGAAGAUGAAAAUGGAAAAAGCAUGCUGGUAGACCUCUUUGAUCCAGCUGACUGGCCUGAAAUGCUUACUAGCUCACUAAAAGAAACCAUCGUUCUGAAAGGUCUGGCAAAGCCAAAAGAGCACUUUGCAUUUCCUAAAGAUGCAUCCAAGAGACGGUUUACAUCAACCCACUAUAGAUGGCGCCUUGGAAAUGGUGAAGUGCAUGCUAGAAAGUGGCUUAGUUAUUCUCCUAGACUGGACAAAAUAUUUUGCUUUUGUUGUAAACUCUUUACAACUACAAAAAUGAGCCUGACAACGUGAAGCUACGAUGAUUGGAAAAAUUUGUCCCAGUGUCUGGCUACACAUGAAGUGUCUCCAUCUCACUUCACUGCUAUGGGAAACUGGACAGAACUGUUAACAAGGCUUGGGUCUGGAAGUACUAUUGACCAUUCAUACCAAAGAUUAUUGGCAACUGAAACGCAGCACUGGCAGAAUGUUCUUCAGCGGCUUGUUCAAUAUCUUGGGAAGCAGUGCUUGGCCUUCAGGGGCAGCAGUGACAUGCUGUACUCUGAAAAUAAUGGAAAUUACUUGAAACUUGUAGAAAUGAUGGCAACAUUUGAUAGUGUGAUGCAAAGCCACUUGAAAAAGAUACAGAAUUCAGAAAUUCAUCAGCAUUAUUUAGGAAAAGACAUCCAAAAUGAACUAAUUGGUUUAAUUUCAAAAGAAAUACGGAGACACAUUCUACGGUUGCUUAAGGAUGCCAAGUACUAUUCCAUUAUACUUGACUGCACCCCUGACAUCACUCUUGUUGAACAGAUGACUAUGGUUUUCAGGUUUGUAUCUGUUAAGCAAGGAGACUCGCCAAUUGCAAAUCCUGAAAUACACAUUGAGGAAAGAUUUCUUGGUUUCCUGCCAGUUCACAACUCAUCUGGAGAAGGAUUAACAGAGGCAAUUUUGAAUGAGCUUGAAAUGCUGAAGAUACCACUCAGUGAUAUGAGAGGUCAAGGGUAUGAUAAUGGCUCCAACAUGAAGGGAAAGCACUCAGGAGUACAAAAAAGAAUCAUGGACCUGAACUCACGUGCUUUCUAUGUCCCCUGCUGUGCUCAUUCCUUAAAUCUUGUAGUAAAUAAUGCUGCUAUGUGCUGUAGGGAUGCCAGUACAUUUUUUUGCAUUCUUCAGAAAAUAUAUGUUUUUUUUAUCAGGUUCAACAAAUCGAUGGGAUGUUCUAAAAAAGCAUGUGAGUAAGCUGACAGUUAAGCCGCUAUCCGAUACUAAAUGGUCAAGCAGAAUUGAUGCUAUUCGGCCAUUUAGGUUCCAUGUUGGAGAAGUGUAUGACACCUUAAUUGAAAUCGGAGGUGAUAUGAAUUUUGCUGCUCUUGCUCUUACCCUAUCUUAGAACCUAAAAAUAAAUUUAAAGUGGAAUGUUUCUUCACAAUAUUAGACACAACAAUAAAAUCUGUACAUGAAAGAAAUGAACAGCUUAAAUUUCAUUCCACGCAUUUUCAAUUUUUGAAUGACAUCCACAAGCUAAAAGAUGUGCAAAAAGGAGAACUCCUGCAGUUCUGCAUGGAAUUGCAGAAUGUCUUAACCGAUGUAAAAUCAAAGGAGUCUGAUGUAGAUGGAAGGCAACUGUGUGAAGAACUUGCUGUAUUGGCUCCUGUUAGUAAACCUUCGAUGACACCUGUUGAUAUUUUGGCCUACGCAGUGAGGAAUGGAUUUGCUCCAAAUGUGGCAAUUGCACUUCUAAUUAUGUUGACCUUACCAAUCACUGUUGCCACAGGUGAGCGAAGCUUUUCGAAACUGAAAAUUAUAAAAAAUUAUCUUCGUUCUUCAAUGUCCCAAGAACGGCUUGUGGGACUUGCCAUGAUAGCAAUAGAGAAUCGGACGGCCCAGGAGAUUGACUUUGAAACAUUACUGAAGAACUUUGCGAAUGCCAAAGCAAGACAAGUUAAAUUUAAUUAG